ACAUCCUUCAGGUUCGAAAAGAUUGACGGAAGAUGGCGAUAUUGGGCAGAUUUUCUCGUUGCUAAGCUACAACGUUUGAUUCAUGAUUCUGAUUGCUUCAAAGGGUCUAUUGAAAUGCAUCUCUGUAUUUAUCUACUGGUUCUGAAUUUUAUUUAACUGGCUUAUACAAGUUGGACGUCGCUGACAUGCUGAUGAAUUAAUAAUUUACUAUUUAUUCAGAGACAACACUGGGAUGGAGGACAAAGGUCUUGAAAUGAAUGAACUUUCCAGUAGUGUGAUUCUGGAUGACGAAGAUAUAUUGGAUGAUGAUGAAGAUCCAAAUGUCAUUCUGGAUGAAGUUGAAGACAAAAAUGAGUUAGAUGCACAGAACAGAUAUAGUUGGAUGUACAAGCCAAGAGCAGGAUGGUAUCCUGAGACACGGGAUUAUGACGGUGAUAUCGAAUGUGUUGAGGAAAUUCAGGGAGGAGAUCCUUACGACAACUUCAUGAGAAGACAUUUGCAACAUUAUGGCUACUUUACUGGCCGUAAUGCAUCUUAUAGGAAUAAUUAUGAUGGUUUAGAAAAUUGGCAUCGAAAUUACGAUUUACGUCUCAGUGGAAUGCAGAACUUAUCUGUGGAUGACGAACAAUUGCGAAAAAGGGGACAUCUUUCAGCUCACAAAAAUGCAGCAGUGGACCCUAAUUUAGGCCAAUUUUUUGGUGAAGGGCAACCAGCAGAUGAUUUAUUAACCAGAACAACACAGCUCGUUUUUCAUUAUCAAGCUGGGAAGAAAAUACCUAAACUAAGAGAACCGAGGAAUUUGUAUGCUUUAACAAAAGAGGCUGGACCACAACAAGCUACAAGAUGGCCGUCCCAUAUGCAAGUUGUUUGUUCAUCAGUUCAUUUCAUUGAAUAUAUACCACCAGUCCCCGAUCCUUUUUAUAUUCCAACCGGAAAGGAGUCAACUCCUGCUGUUCGAGGCACUCCAAACGGAGAGAUUAUAUAUUUGAAUGAUCCUGGUCGAGAUGUUUAUUUUAUGAGGUCAAGGGUCGCUGGCUGUCGACUAGCUAUGCGCGAUAUAAGUCUGACGCCUAGAGAAUCAAUUGAUGAAGGAAACUUUACUCUGGAAUUUGAGUCAAGAUUCGAGAGUGGAAAUUUGCUGAAAGUUGUUAAAAUAAAUAAUUAUGACUACGAACUCACACUCCGACCUGAUCUUUACACUGACAGACAUACUCAGUGGUUUUUCUUCAGGGUGAAAAACAUGGUACCUGGUGAAACUUACAGAUUUACAAUUGUGAAUUUGAUGAAACCAUCUAGUUUGUAUAACAAUGGAAUGAAGCCUUUGUUUUAUUCCGAUAUGAAUGCAAAGAAAAGCAAGAUUGGAUGGACCCGUGCUGGAAAUGAUAUUCGAUAUUAUAGAAAUAACUUGGGGACUAUGUCUGGUAGAACUUAUUAUUCAUUGACAUGGACGAUACAAUUUCCACACAAAGGAGAUACUUGUUAUUUUGCUCACUGUUAUCCUUACACCUACACAGAUUUACAGGAAUAUCUUCUGAAACUUGCCAACGAUCCAGUUCGAUCACGAUUCUGCAAACAAAGGGUUCUGUGCAGGACACUAGCUGGCAAUCUUGUGUAUAUUCUCACCAUAACGUCACCAUCUCGAAAUCCAGAAAUUGCUCGAAUGAAGAAAGCAGUUGUAAUCACAGCACGAGUUCAUCCUGGUGAAACUAAUUCAUCGUGGAUGAUGAAAGGAUUUCUUGAUUUUUUGUCUGGAAAUUCAGCUGAUGCUAAGCUGCUCCGAAACAAUUUUAUUUUUAAAAUUGUUCCAAUGUUGAACCCAGAUGGAGUGAUUGUUGGAAACUACAGAUGUUCACUAGCUGGUCGUGAUCUCAACAGAAAUUACAAGUCAGUGUUGAAGGAUUCAUUUCCAUCUGUGUGGCAUGUAAAAAUGAUGGUGAAAAGGUUAAACAUGGAAAGAGAAGUUAUAUUAUAUUGUGAUCUUCAUGGUCAUUCAAGAAAAAGCAAUAUUUUUAUUUAUGGAUGCGAAAACAAAAACAAUCCUAAAAGAAAGUUCAGGGAAAGGAUAUUUCCUCUCAUGUUAUCAAAAAAUGCAAACACAAAAUUUCAAUACGAAAGUUGUAAAUUUAAAAUACAGAAAAGUAAAGAAGGAACUGGUAGAGUUGUAAUGUGGUGCAUGGGGGUCAUGAACAGUUACACUAUGGAAGCUACAUUUGGUGGAACAACCUUGGGAUCAAGAAAGGGAACUCAUUUUAGUACAAGAGAUUUAGAAGAAAUGGGUCAUAACUUUUGUGAUACAUUGCUUGAUUAUUGUGAUCCUGAUACAUCAAAAGUGGAUGCUUGUUAUCAAGAAAUACAAGAUAGGGUCAAGAAACAAAUAUUAAAGAGAAUGCAGAUGCGUAACAUGCAAGGUAAUCUUGGAGAUGUGAAUCUUGAUGACUAUUCAAGUGAAUAUGAGUCAGAUACAUCUGGUUCCGAUUCUUCAUGUGAUGACAGGCUACCAGUUCAUCUACUUGCUAUUGCUCCAAAGUUACAAAGGAAACGAAGGUUGAAAUCAAGACGAGAUCGAAACAAGCAAAUGUCUCGAAAAUCAUCUGCACCAAACAUUCAAGAAGAUGCGAAACCUACACCCAGCCAUGGAGCAAAAACAAUUGCAGAUAAACCAAAGCCUAUCAGAUAUUCUCAAACUGCUGGUAGUAAACGAAAAGAAGAUCAUGCUCAUGUAAGUGUUGGUACAACCUCUCAUUUAUCUGGCUUCUCUGAGGAAAGAGCAACAAAGAAGUCUCUUGCACCUGCAAAUACUUUUAUUAGCAUCACCGAACCAGAAAAGCUCAACAAAGUUACAGUCAAGUACUUUGAGCCAAUGGUCGGAAUAUUGACCAUUCAAAAUCUUGAGCGGCCACAUACCACCAGUAGAUCUGACUACCUUGAAGCUCUCACAACUGCUUAUAUACGAAGUGGUGUUCUUAUGGUACCAGAUAAAAAAGAAUACUCGAUGCGUUACACAAAUGGGCUUGGAAAAAAGCAAGAUUCUAAUCUUACUGUCCAGUAUUUGGCAAACCAGUUGACUGAUUUAACAGCUGACUCUGGUUCGGAGAAUGAUAUUCCACUCAUGCGAAACGCGUCUUGCCAGUGGUCACCGCAACCUGAUACGUACAAUUAUUUUGAUUCUGACAAUAAGUCUUACAAUGAAGAGACAAAAGAUGCAGUUUUAGCUGAAGAACAAUAUGAAAUAUUGAGGAGAUCAGCAAUCAGGCGGCAGCUUUCACCUGCUCAGCAAAGAGUACUUGCUCAGCGACAUCUUGUAGCAGUUGCUCAAAUGCAGCAAAGACGAGAGCAAGUAAGAACGGUUCCAGCUACUUCAGAUCUUAAACGAGGUGGAACACCAAUAAAACAGCACCCAAAUCCUUUUGAUGAAAAAGGAGAAAAUCCAGGAACAUCGCGAACCAACUCACGUUGUGCUUCUGCGUCUUUGAAACAAGAAGCAAGAAAAAUCCCUGUACAAUCAACUAGCCGUCCUGGUACCAGAAAACCACCUCUCCGAGCCAGUCCUGAAAGAACGACCUCAUUCUCAAACAAAAUCUCAGAGUCUGCCAUUGAUCAAUCCUUCUCAACCAACAAGACGUCCAAUGCCGUCCCUUGCAGCACGAAAAUUUCAGUUGCGGAUGAAGAAUUGAUCAUACAAGAACAACAAAAACAAACUGUAAACAUUUCAUCUCCAUCGACGAUCCUAACAAAUACAAUCAAACAUGCAUUACAAUCUAAUGAACCUUUUGCACAUGAUAAUUCUUCCGAUUUUUUUAUUUCUAAAACUAUGCAUUCAAGUAGUGAAUAUAAAAAGAAAACUGUGAAUUCUUUCGAAUCGGAUUUUGAAAAGCCGAAAUUGGAAGAUAAAAGCAAAAGUCAGUCAAUUCUGCUUUUUGCAACAGCUGAUAAGUUUGCUGUUGAUAAAAAUAUAAAUCUUAGUGAUAUGAAAGAAGAUGCCAAAGAAUUCUUGCCUUUUGAAGACUUAAACGAAUCUACCUCAAGCCCACAUAAAAAGAGAAAGGAAUCUAAUGUUAAUGCCACAAAUCAAAAUAAAACUUCAAAACAUAAUCCAGUAUUUGGUGAGUCGCUUGUACCAAUGGAUGAUCCUCAUGCUCGUAAAAUAAGCCCAAUCCAUCAACAGAGAUCCAAAAUGAAGUCAUCAAAUCAAUCACCAGUUCUGAGUGAGAAUGCCUUUGGUGCCAACGAACUUUCUCUGGACAAACUUCCGAAACAAUGGGGUGGUAAAAAACAGCUUGUAACUCUUGCAGUAAGCUCUGAAAGUUCUCCAGAGCCAAUAAAAAGAGAAAGACCAAGAGUUCUUUCUGCUAAACGAAAUGCGCUGACAAAUGUAAUUGCUGAAGGUCAUGGCAGUAGAUACCGAGCAAAGAACUAUCAGGGAAACAAUGAAACAGAAAGUUACUUUGGAAUGUCAGAUAAUGUUGGCCCGGUUACAUUAAAACAUGGCGUGAGAGUUCCUCCUGUUGUGGCCAAUAUUGCAGAACUAAGAAGAUCAUUGAUGGGACAAGGACGAGAGGGAAAGGAUGAUGAGACAAGCAUAAAAGCAUCGUCUGUAUCUCCACCAAAACACAAGCAACAUGACCUGAAUGCUGAGGAGCCAAGAACCAAUGAAGAAAGGACACGGAAAAUUAAUUUACGGCCAAGAGCGAAUUUAAUGUACCGCAGCACUUUAUUUGAGGAAAAAAAUGAAACUGCAGAACAGUAUAAUAAUACUGAACCUGGGUCAAAUUCUGACAAAUAUGCAAGUAAAGCAGGGACUUCCAUAAAGCCUCUGACGUCUAAUGAGUAUUCUCGAGAAAAAUAUGGUAGAAGACAUUCUCCUACUACACUGAGAAAUGCAGACUAUGCUAAUAACAGUGUUGUGGCUCAUAGUUCCAGUGAUAUUGAAGAACUUGUUGAAGAAAAAUGGCCGACACCUAAUGAAAGUGAAAUUAGAAGAUAUUCCCAAGGAAAUGCAACAAUAGAGAAACUUGGUAAUCAUUCACUCACAAGUAUACGAUUUGGAUCUCGCAAUGAGCAUGGAAGAAGACUCCGGGAACAAUGGAUAGAUGUCCAUCAAAGACAAGUUAUCACAGGAGUGCCUCGCCAGGAUAUAGUGGCAAUGAAUUCUCUUUCUCUUAAUAUGGAUGGAGGUUCGGAUGAAAAACCAUUCGUCACUACCCCUGCUCUUGCUAAAAGACCUGUACCUCCGUUAUUAAGAUAUCUUAGUGCAAAGCAGCAAACAACAAAAAAGAAAUUAUGACGCGAUAUAUUUUGAUAUUACUGAAUGGAUGAUGAAAACUGAAUGAAAAGAUCUUUUACCUCAACAUCAUCUCUCUUUUAUCUAUGAUGUACAAUUAUUUCAUCGUUUUUUCAUAUAUAUCUUCAUAUUUAUUAAGAUACCAUCAAUAAAUAUGGGAUAAUGGAAGCAUACCAUUAAUUUAGAAGCAAUUAAUUUUAAUUUAAGCCCACAAUUCGAUAUUUAUUUGAUAUCGCUGGGGGCGAUUUUAUUCAAUAUUCCUUUUUUUUUUGCUUCUUGCAUGAGUUACGCACGCGUUUACGAUAUCGAUUUUCAAAUUUUAAAACCAUUCUGGUAACAGCUAUAACUUUGCAAUUCCAUUCUAAUGCAUUAUACAGGGAAGUUAAACUAAAUUGAACCAUUGUUUACUUUGAAUCGGAUCGAUUCUUAUUGAACAUAUUCUAUGGGCUCUCGCUUUCUUAUGUUGUCAUUAAAUAUAGAAAUGGUAUGAUAUAUGAAUUCUUCGCUCAUCCUUCCUUAUCGGCAUAAAGCACUCAGUAUAAAGAAUAUCAUAUUACAUUGUUUUCUAACGUUACUUUAGUUUCGCUUUCAUCGGUUAUGUUUCAAUGGCAAAAUUAUUAUAGAAUGUAGACUAUGCGUAAAUCCUCCAUAAACUAAUAGCGGACCGCGGUGCAUCGGCGACCAAGCAUACAUUUAAUACCUCGAAAAGUUUUGGAGUGAUAAACUAUAAUAAUCCUACUGACUUUUGCAUAGUCACCGCCCAAUAAAAUAUUGUUGAAUGUAUCAAAUCUAGUUUUUAAAUAGGAUUGACAUUUCAAUAGCGAAAACAUAUUACAUUUUUGAGUUAUUUUUAAAUAUAAGUGCUUGCUAUAAUUUGGUUACAUAAAUAGAUUUUAUUGCUCAAAUCGAGUAAAAAGGAACGAAUAUAUUGAUAUCUAAUGAAUAGUACCAUACUUAUGAUGGCUUCCAUCAUUAUGUUAUUAACUCUAUCGGAUUUGUCGAGCACUUUAUGACCAUUGAGUCACCCGCAUCUGGAGCUUUUGUCCAACAAAUGAGGCGUUACGAUGAAGCAGUUCAGUUAUUGCUUGUUUCACUUUGAUUGCAUUUUUAAAGCUCAUUCCAAGCAGUUAUUAUUAACCAUGGCGUCACUGAAUAUUGCUUGUAGAACUUACAGGCACCAAAUUAUACAGGCACCUAAUUCUGUCACAAUU